AUGUCUUCUCUCAAUAUCGCGACUCUGCCGCGCAUUGAUCGGGAUGCCCUAGCCGCGCUCCUUCAAGCCGGGCCCGGCCCCGCCAAGCUAGCAAUCAUCGACGUCCGUGAUUCAGACCACGUCGGCGGUCACAUCCGCUCAUCAACUUGGGUCCCCAGUUCCUCUCUUGAUGUCCGCAUGCCGGAGCUUGUACGAACUCUUAAGGAUACCGAGAAGGUCGUCUUUCACUGCGCACUUAGCCAGCAGCGUGGCCCCUCCGCUGCUCUGCGUUAUGCACGUGAGCGUGAGAGCGCCCUUGGCACAGAAGAGAGUCAGAAACAACAAAUUUGUGUUCUCGUGGGCGGCUUUCUGGAGUGGCAGGACAAGUAUGGCAAGGAUGAGACCCUGACAGAGUCCUAUGUGGAAGAUAUCUGGCAGGAUUACUAG